UCACAGCCGGAACCUCCUCGUUGGUGUUGGUUGUUUCCAGUCGGUCUCAGUUCCUCGGCCCCCUCACGUGUUUUCUCUCUCGUCUCGAUUCGGCUCCGUCUCUGCGGUUCGCCUGUUCGUGUUCAGGUUCUUUUAUCCGGUAAAAUCUUCCGCUGCUACGUGAUAUGGCGGGUGCCGGGAGCUCUUUGUUCGCCGGCUUCCGGGUUCUGGGACUUUAUUGCAACCACGUGCCGCACGCGAUCAGGUACCACAAAAAGCACCGAGAGUUCUACGUCGUGACGGCGGUCGGUAAAUGUUUCCACACGUACAAUGUGAACAGGUUGGGGAUUGUCGCUGUCAGUAACAGCCUUACAGAUGACAUCAGCUGUGUGGCAGCAGACAGGAUGUUGGUGUUCGCCGCCGCUGGACGACUCAUCAGCGCCUUCGCCAGGAACAAAGAGGUGGUGAUGUGUUAUCAAGGACACAAACAGGAAGUGCGUCUGCUGCUUCCUCUGGGUGAUCAGCUGAUCUCUGCUGACAGUGGCGGUGAUGUCAUUGUGUGGGAUGUCCAGGGAGGGGACAUUUACCUGCGGCUGCAGUUUGACCCUACCUCCUUUGACGUGUCGGCCAUGAUGCACCCCAGCACCUACCUGAACAAGGUGCUGCUGGGUAGUUCCCAGGGUGCACUGCAACUCUGGAACAUCAAGACCAGUAAGCUGUUGUUUACCUUCCCUGGCUGGUCAGCAGGAGUCACUGUUCUGCAGCAGAGUCCUGCAGUCGAUGUGGUUGGUGUUGGCACGGCGACAGGUCGCAUCAUCAUUCACAACAUUCGGUUGGAUGAGAUGCUCAUGAGCUUCACGCAGGACUGGGGACCAAUCAGCUCGCUCGCUUUCAGAACAGACGGUCCUCCUAUCCUGGCGUCUGGCAGUCCUCAGGGCCACAUUGCAUUCUGGGAUCUGGAGCGGCGCCAGCUGGUCCUUCAGCAGAGAUACGCUCACAGCACAGCCAUUGCUGCGGCAACUUUCCUUCACGGAGAGCCGCUGUUGGUCUCGAAUGGAGCCGACAACGCCAUUAAGGUGUGGAUAUUUGACCAGGAAGGGGGUGGAGCCAGAUUGCUGCGGAGUCGUCAGGGCCACAGUGCUCCACCCACCACGAUCCAUCACCAUGGUAACGAUGGAAAAAAUGUCCUCAGUGCUGGUCAGGACGGGACACUGCAGUCUUUCUCCACAGUUCACGAGCGUUUCAAUAAGAACCUGGGUCACGGCUCCAUCAACAAAAAGAAAGAGCAGAGGAAGAAGAAGGGGUUGUCAUAUGAAGAGCUACGUCUUCCUGCCAUCACAGCGUUCUCCUCUGCUGCUGCUCGGCAGUCUGACUGGGACAGCAUUGUCGCCUGUCAUCGCGGUCGCCUAGCAACCACCACAUGGAACUACCAGCGUUGUACCAUGGGAGCUCACCACCUGCAGCCACCAGUCACUCUGAAGGACGCCAUUGCUACGGCUGUUGACAUCACUUCUUGUGGAAACUUUGCUGUGAUUGGUUUGUCUUGUGGCCGCGUAGAUGUCUACAACUUGCAGUCUGGCCUGCAUCGUGGUUGCUAUGGUGAUGAUGAGAAAGCUCACAGCGGGGUGGUGCGAGGUGUUGCCACGGACACCCUCAAUCAGCUGACACUCACUGCAGGCUCUGAUUGGCAGCUCAAGUUCUGGCGCUUCAAGGCCAGGAAACAGGAAGAGCAGCUGAAGCUAAAUGCUGCACCAGCUAGCAUGAAGCUACACAGAGCCAGCGGCAUGUUAGCAUUAGCCCUGGAUGACUUUACGCUGCUGGUGGUCGACAUAGAAACCAGACGGGUCGUCAGGAAGUUUGCAGGUCACAAAGGCAGCAUCAAUGACAUGACGUUCAGCCCUGAUGGUCGCUGGCUGGUUACUGUGGCAAUGGACUGCACUAUUCGUACCUGGGAUCUCCCCUCUGGAUGUCUCGUCGACUGUUUCCUGGUUGCUAUGGCACCAGUGGGUGUGUCCAUGUCACCGACCGGCGACUUCCUGGCAACAGCUCAUGUCGACAGUCUGGGCGUAUACCUCUGGACCAAUAAGAGUCUGUGUGGACCUGUGGGGCUGCGUCCCCUCCCAGUUGACUACGAACCAGCGGUGGAGACGCUGCCAGGUGUCACAGUGGACGCGUCAGAACAAGAAGCCACAGAGGAGCCUGAUGAUGCGUACAAGUCAGCUGAUCAGCUGGGGGCGGAGCUUGUGACUCUUUCUUUGCUGCCGGAGUCUCGAUGGAAAAGUCUGCUGCACCUGGACAUCAUCAAGAGGAGGAAUAAGCCUGUAGCGCCCCCUGCUGUUCCGGCUGCAGCUCCUUUCUUCCUGCCAACACUUCCUGGACUUGUACCUCGAUUCACGUUGCCGGUGGCAACCGAACAGGACACUCAGUCGAAGGUGCUGAGUUGGGGUUCGUUGUCUCAGAGGUCGGAGUUCAGCUCUGAGCUCGAAUCGGCUCUCCAGUCUGGAUCGUUCGAUCGCCCCGUGCAGCUCCUGAAGGAUUGUGGGCCAGCGGCGAUCUCCAUCGAGCUCUCGUCUCUGACGUCAGAGAGGGGCGGAGCCAGCAGCCUCCUGCUUGCCUUCAUUUACAUGAUUGACAGCAUGUUGGCCAGUGGGCGGGACUAUGAUCUGGCUCAUGCUUACCUGGCACUUUUCCUGAAGCUCCAUCUGCGCUUGUUGUCACAGGACUCUGUUGCCAUGGAAGCAUUGCUCCGCCUCUCCUCCCGUUUGGAGGCAGGUUGGGCAGAGCUGCGGGCAGAAUUUGACCAAUCACUGUGCCUGCUGUCAUAUGCCAGGAGUGCACUGCUGUGACACACACACACGCACACACACACACACACAGACAGUUUUGUAUUUUAUUAAAAUAUGUUGGAUGUCGA